AUGAGCAAACCAUUUCCUGUAGCACGCUCAGCACUUCUUGAUAAAGCAGCUGCAUUUGCCAAAAUGCUUAAAGAAGAUAACGAAAGAAUUCAGAAGUUUUUGGAUGAAGGCGGUGAUCGUAACGAAAUAUCCGUUGAUGUUCUUGAUCCAAAUGAUGAUCAAGUCAUUGAAAUGGAGAUCAUACCAGGCGUUUUAGAAUCACAAGCACAACAGCCAGAAAUACACGAAGACAUUCAAAUUCCUGCCUCUGAAUUUCAUAGAGACUCCAAUUUAGAAUCAGCAGAAAACUAA